GCGAUGGAUAAUUCCCCAAGUAAGCCAGAGCUCGGUGCUGCUACUACUGCCGUCGGCAAUCCAGAGGUUGUACUCCCUAAUGCCGCCAACGUUGAGGUUAACAGUGUGCCAGCGGUUGAUGAUCAAGAUCAACACCCAGACCCAGGAGACGUAUUGGCUUGGGCAUUAAGACAGGGUCAAAAUCAUGUGGACCCACUUAUGCAAAGGCUGGAAACUGUUGGAGCGCUGCUCGACAUAGAAAUGCAGAUUGUUCCACCAGUGCCCCACCAAGUGAUCUUGGCUGCACUGGACCAGCUUGCCAUGUUGCCUAUGCCUGCCGCCGAUCCUGCUCCUCCCGAAGCCUCACAAGAGAUCGAUAUAGAUACCCAGAGGGUGGAAGGUGAUGUGCCGCCACCCCCGGCAAGUCCCCGAGCCACAUAUAUAAGCUGCUGAUUGCAAUCGACUAUUUUACUUUCUGGGAAUAAUUAAAUAAAUAUCGGUUGCAU